CUCUUUUUAUGUAGCCUAACUGUCAUGCAUGCCUAUUCCUGUAAGUAGAUGUGCCUGUCUGGCAAGAAGUCUAGUCUAACAAGGACAGAAUACAUGUAAAGCAUACAGUUAACACCAGCCACACCAUUAACUACAUCUUGUCAUGGCUGUGGUGGUACUCCUUGCUUUGCUGCUUCUACCUGACUAUCCGAAAUCUUCUGGAGCUCUGCCAGACAUAGACAACCAGGCCUUCAUCACUGACUGUGUUACAGUUCAUAACCAACUCCGCUCCCAGGUAAACCCGCCUGCAAGUGACAUGCUCUAUAUGACUUGGGACGAGGCUUUAGCUAAAACAGCCAAGGCCUGGGCAAGGACCUGCCAGUUUAGCCACAACAUAUACCUGAAGCAGGCUGGGAAAGUGCAUCCGACGUUUACUCCAGUUGGUGAAAACAUCUGGGUGGGAGCACCUUCUUCCACCUUCAGUGUGUCAGCUGCAAUAGAGAAAUGGUAUGAUGAAGUGAAAGACUACAGAUACAAUGACAGGAGCUGCAGCCGUGUCUGUGGACACUAUACUCAGGUUGUCUGGGCUAAGAGUUACAAGGUUGGCUGUGCUGUUCACAUCUGUCCAUCUGGGAUUACUGGAUUCAAUACUAAUUCAAUUCCUGAUCCUACGAUCUUUGUCUGUAACUAUGGAGAUGCAGGGAAUUUUCCAACUCAUCCUUAUUCAUCUGGACCGGAGUGCCGCAACUGUCCUGGUGAAACGUGUGAGAAUAAGUUGUGCAAAAAACAAACUCGAGAUCAAUCUAUAGGUUAUGCCGACUGGAAUCCUGACUUCGGUUCUGGUUCCGGUUCCGAUGCAGCUUCUGCCUCAUGCAACUCUUACUUCCUGGCUGUUGUAAUCACAAGGCCUUUGGCACUCGUUCUCAUCAUAGCAGGAGUAUACGGACUGCAGCUAGUUUACCCACACGUGUUUGCUUACGAGUGAUCGACGUUGUUUGAAACACAAAAGACAAAGAUCUGCUGAACAUACAGGCAGCAUGUAGGAAGACAGAUUUAGAGAAAAAUGAUAAUUUAAGAUUGUAACAGAGCCAGUCAGAAUGAAUACAAAAACCAUGAAAUGUUCUUCUUUUAGUAUCAGUAAAGACAGCAGUGCCUUUAAAAUA